CUAGACAGAACAAAUAUUCAGCUAUCUAAUGUAUUUGCAUCUCAGGUAUCUAAUUUAAGCAAUCUACACAAUUACCGAGGUGUACAUAGUGGAUUAGCAAGCUAGUUCGAUAUAAUGCAAUAAUAGCCACUUUACUAAAUUAGCUAGUUUAGUUACCAGUAUUUGUGAUAAUAAAUGACCCUGUAUUAUACAUUUUAGAUCGCUAGCUAGCCUGUAAUUUAGUGUGUUGGCAGACCAAGUUCUGAACAAUCAUGGCAUUAUCCAUAAACUAUUUAAAGGAGUGAAUCAGCAAAACAAAAUAUUAAAUACGGUAUUCAGGAUAACGUUACCGUUUCGGUGGUCCUCUAUCAAACUUUUUCCACUGCGCUCAGCACCACGCACACGCAUGGAUAAUAAUUAUGUUGAGUCGGCUGGUCGAGCUGUACUCGAAAUGAUGCAGCGUGAAUGGGAGCCUCUUUCUCAAGACGAACUGGAGCAACGAUUGGACCGAACAGUGGAAGAAAUUCUGGAAGCUGACCUUCUAGCAAAGGUUCAGGACCAGCCUGGACCAAUCUACCUACAACUGUCUCAGCUGGUGGAAGAACCUCAACAGAAACACCAAAUUCGGUCAACAACAGAAUUUACAACACUUUCUCAUGUAGAAGAGGAGUCUGAAUCUCAACCGUUAACUGAUGUUGAGGAAAACGCUGCAGUUCAGUACAUUACAGAUCUCCUCCAGAAUUCAAACUCAAGAUACAAUCAGAGCCGUAUGGCAGGACGUGCCCGCUUAUCCCUGUCCCACACUGUUCUCCUGUCCCUCACCCUCCUCUCCAAGCGCCUCAGCUAUCGCUCUGUGUCUACCAGCUUCCGCCUGGAAAAAGGAAAUAUUCAUAGGAUCUUCUUUUCCUUUUGUGAGCGUGUGAACACACUUGAGGACCAACAAAUUAGAUGGCCGACUGGCAUUGAGGCUGUUGAAAACCUCUCCCCCUCUCCAGCCUGCUGGGGAAAGCCAAGGGCUUGGAAGAGAAGGGCGUCCCCAGGGUCCUGGGAGUCUUGGGGCACACCCGCAUCCCCAUCCGCCUGCCCAUUGGCAAACAGGAUGUGGAGAGCAUGAUGCCAGAGGUAAAGAGGAUGAAGGAGGCCCAUCCCGACUCCUGGCUGAACCUGGAGCUGGUGUGUAACCAUACAGGCAGGUUGAUACACUGCAGAAUCAGCAAGGGAUCAGACCUGGAUAGAGCCAGUGCUCUGAGGGACAAACUCAAACAGCUCCCUGAGAUGAUGCCCCUGGGGACCUGCCGAGUGGCUCGAGUUGGAUAUCCAGCCUCUGCCCAGAUAUUGACCCCGUAUGUAGUGGGUCGUGGCCCCAGGGAAAUCUUUACAACAGGUCCCUGGAAGCCCAUUUUUACCUCCUGGACCAGGCUGUGGCUGACCUGAAAGCCAGGUUUGAAAGGCUCAGGUAUUUGGACAUGGGGAACUAUGAAAGAGCCAAAGCAGUUGUGCUUACUGCUUGCAUACUCCACAAUGUAUUUCUGGACAUGGGGAAAGUGGUCAACGGACAGGUUGAGAGGGAGGCAGGGACACAGGAGGGAGAGGGGGAGUGUGAUGAGGAGGGUGUGAGGAGAAGGGAAGCCAUCGCAGAUUUGCUGUACAAAGAGUUGGAUUCUGGAAGUACAUAAAGUGAUUUAUAAUUGUGUUUGUAUUGAGAUAAUAAAAUAUACAAUAUAAAUGCUGUUAAAAGGAA